AUGAACCACCAGCAACAGCAGCAACCAACAAACUACAGCAACCUUCCUAGCGGUAAUUAUCAGCAGCCAGAUAUGAUGCAUGAUGGAUACGGAGGGCAGCCAGGUUUUCAGAAUCAACUGAUGCACCAGUCUUCGCCCAUUUCUGAUGAAAUGAUGGCUGCACAGUGCGACUCGCGUUACAUGCGGCUUACGGUCAACGUUUUGCCUCACUCACUUGACCACGCCAACAAGUCUAAACUUACUUACGGGUUGAUUAUUCGUCCAUUGGCGCCAUCUGAUGAUGGCCGUGAUUUGGAUGUGGUGAAUUUUGGCCCUACUGGUGUCGUACGUUGCCGCCAUUGUCGUACUUAUAUGAACCCGUUUGUGCAGUGGGUAGAUAAUGGCCGCCGCUGGCGAUGCAAUCUUUGUGGCGUGUCUAAUGAUGUCGCCAGCUCCUAUUUUUGCCACUUGGAUGCAAAUCAAAAGCGUCAGGACCGUAAUGAGCGUCCCGAAUUAAAUUCUGGCAGUGUAGAAGUUAUUGCACCUUCAGAGUACAUGAUGCGUCCUCCUCAACCACCAUGCUACGUAUUUGUCAUUGAUGUCUCAGCUACCGCAGUGGCAUCAGGCUCUGUUCAGAUUGCUGUUGAUACGAUUAAAAAACAGCUUGAUAAUCUCCUUGGUGCUCCUCGCACGCGAGUGGGAUUCCUUACGUACGACAAUUCGAUUCAUUUUUAUAAUCUGAAGUCUAAUCUGAAGGCUCCACAAAUGAUGGUGGUUGCCGAUCUUGAUGAGCUUUUUAUCCCUAUUCCGGAUGAACUUCUAGUGAAUCUUAGCGACUCGCGAGAGAUUGUCGAGAUGCUGCUCGAAACGUUGCCAGCAAUACACCAGAACGCUUGCUUGGCAGAAACUGCGCUUGGACCUGCAAUUCGUGUUGCGUUUAAACUUAUGUCAUCAAUUGGCGGUAAAAUGCUCGUUUUUCAGAACUCGCUGCCCUCGACUGGUCACGGAGCGCUCCGUAAUCGCGAUAACCCUCGUAUUUACGGAACAGACAGGGAACAUACGCUUUUGCAAGCUGUAGACACCUUCUACCGUACCAAUGCUAUUGAUUUUUGCCGCCAACAAGUUAGUGUUGACUUGUUCCUCUUUUCCUCAAUGUACACGGACAUUGCUUCCAUGGGCCCGCUGUCAAAGUACUCGGCUGGGCAAGUUUACUAUUACCCAGCUUUUAGUGCUGAGCGCGACGGCGAAAAAUUUAGCAAAGAAUUGGCGCAUUGUUUAGUCCGCGAAACUGCAUGGGAGGCCGUGAUGCGUGUGCGUUGUACGAAAGGAAUGCGACUUGCAAAUUUCUAUGGCAAUUUUUUCUUGCGGGGGCCGGACCUUUUAGCGCUCCCAACUUGCAAUGCAGAUUCAACUUUCGCUGUGGAGCUGACGCACAGCGACGCUUUAUUAACUUCAUCGACGAUAUCCGUACAGGCUGGCUUGCUGUACACAAAUUCAGGUGGUGAGCGACGUAUUCGCGUGCAUACUGUCUGCAUCCCUGUUACGAAGCUUUUUGCGGAGCUAUUCCACCAGGUUGAUCAAGAUGCUCUGUGCAAUAUCAUGGCAAAACAUGCGCUAGAAAUCGCUCUUAAAACGGGUUUAGACAGCGGUCGCUCACUUUUGCAGACUCAGUGUGUUGAUAUUGUGCGCGCCUAUCGUAGCUCUGGUGUUUACGGUGCAAAGCAGACGUCUAGUUAUCAGCUGCAGCUCCCAGAGUCAUUGCAGCUACUUCCUCUAUACAUCAUGUCUCUAUUGAAAAAUUCGACCCUUCGUGGUGGUAUCGACUUAAAUGUAGACGAACGUGCAUUUUUGCAGUAUGAGCUGAACAACAUGCCUGUUGAACUGUCGCGUGUAUUUAUCUACCCGCGAAUGUUCGCUUUGCACGACAUGCCACCAGAAGCGGGUUUGCCUGCUGCAAAAGACGAAGCCAACGAGAGUGAUGAUAGUGGCGCUACCAAUUCUAUCGUGCUCCCGCCGGUUAUCAAUCUCUCAAUUGAGCGAUUGCAAUGCGACGGAGUGUUUCUGUUGGACGACACGCUGAACCUAUAUUUGUGGGUAGGUCGCUCAGUGUCCCGUGAAAUUUUAGAGAGUCUGUUUGGCAUUUCUUCGAUGGAAGGCGUGGACUGCAAUCAGUUAAAACUUGUAAACCCGCACGAUGAUACGAGUAUCCGAGUUGCUGCAAUCUUGUCGGCAAUUCGUUCUGAAAGAUUGCCUUAUCAAAACGUUUUGAUCAUGCGGGAGGGUGACCCAAGUGAAGGACGCUUUUUUUGGAGGCUUGUAGAAGAUCGGGCCAGUUUUCCCGGUGGAUCGUACUCGUACUCAGAGUACUUAGGCCAGAUCAGCCGGUUGAGUCUUUCAGGUGGAAAUGGUGGCAGAUAG